UUCACUACACUUCAGUCUUGACUACUAUAAAUACCCUCCGACUCCUACUCCUCUUCUCCACCAAACAUCAUAUUCAUACCAAAAGGGAACACUAGCUAAGAAAAUAAUACUCACAUUCAAAUAAAUUAUUAUCUAUAAACCUUUAUACCAAUCCAAUCAUGCACUCAACGUUAAGCGAUGUGUUCAUAUCGCAUCCCAUUCAUAUCCCACUCUCAAACUUACCCGACUUCACAUCCCUCCGUCACCUCCCAGAUUCCUACACAUGGACCCCCAAAGACGAUCUCCUCUUCUCCGCCUCCUCUUCCGACGAAUCUCUACCCUUCAUCGACCUCUCCGAUCCCCACGUGGCCACUCGUGUUGGCCAUGCUUGUACCACGUGGGGGGCAUUCCAGAUCAAAAACCACGGAGUGCCCUCACGGCUUCUCGACGACAUUGAGUUCCUCACUGGAAGCCUUUUCCGGCUUCCCGUCCACCGGAAGCUCAAGGCGGCUCGACGGGAGGAUGGCAUCUCCGGCUACGGGGUUGCUCGUAUUGCUUCUUUCUUCAACAAACAAAUGUGGUCCGAAGGUUUCACAGUUAUUGGUUCCCCACUUGAUGAUUUCCACAAACUCUGGCCCAGGCAGCACCUCAAAUACUGUAAAAUUAUUCAAGAGUAUGAAGAGCAUAUGCAAAAGUUGGCAGCCAAGCUGAUGUGGCUGGCAUUAGGCUCACUAGGAGUUGGGGAAAAAGACAUUGAAUGGGCCGGUCCCAUUUCAGACUUUCAAGGAGCACAAGCAGCUAUCCAACUAAACCACUAUCCAAUAUGUCCAGAACCGGACCGAGCAAUGGGUCUCGCAGCACAUACCGACUCAACUCUCAUGACCAUACUGUACCAGAACAACACCGCCGGUCUCGAUCAGAUCGGUUCAAGGGGUGAAGCAUUCCUAUAUGACGUGGGCUGGAUCACCGUGCCACCUGUCCCUGGCUCACUAGUGGUCAACGUCGGUGACUUACUCCACAUUUUGACCAACGGAAUAUUCCCGAGCGUGCUUCACCGAGCUAGGGUUAACCACCUCCGAUCUCGCUUCUCCAUGGCUUACUUGUGGGGUCCACCUUCUGAUCUGAUGAUCUCUCCGCUUCCCAAACUCGUUGAUCCUCUCCAUUCUCCUCUUUACCCAUCUCUUACUUGGAAGCAGUACCUUGCAACCAAAGCUACUCAUUUUAAUCAGUCUCUUUCCUUUAUUAGAAACUAUCUGUCUUCAGACCAAACCUCUUGA